AUGCAACAUGGAUCGCCAAGUAUGGGGAAGUCAUACACUACUGCGAGGACCGUUGAAUGUUGGCGGGGCAGCUGCAGAGAUCAGAAGUACAUCAAGAGUAUCAAGUUGGCGUUGAACGGAAAGAGUAGUUAUGCUGAGAAUAUGAUUGAAACCACGAUCCGUCUUCGUCGCGCAAUCCAUACACCCGAUGCGUCUCUCGUAAAACGAAUCCUCAAAUCCCAUCCCAAUCUCCUUCACAAUCCCGAUAUCUCACCUCACGGUCUCUCAAACACAUCUCUACAUCUAGCCUCCUCUCUCGGACAUCUAGAGGUUGCAUCUCUCCUUCUCUCUCUCGGUCAUGAAUCCUUAUCCAUUUCGCUCAAUGAAGAACAUCAAACUGCGCUCAUGCUGGCUGCUGGUGCCGGCCACACCGACAUCGUAAAUCUUCUCUGUUCCCAAGGUCCCUCCGUAUCUGGUAUUCUCAGAAGAGACAUCCGAGGUCGAGAUGCAAUCAUGUAUGCCAGUCGUGGAGGUCAUGAUACUUGUUUACAAAUCCUCUUGACGUGUGCUGCGGUGUACAAAGAUCCGGAAGCAGUUCUUGCAAAUGCUGAUGUGGAUGGAAACACGGCAUUACAUUUUGCAAGUAGUAAUGGACAUAUGCUGGUGCUAAGGACAUUGUUGGCAGCGGGUGCGAAUGCAGAGAUGAGAAAUGUGUGGAAGUGGACUCCGAUUGCUUACAGUGCUACGAUACAAGCGGAAGUUUACUUUAAGAAGUUGGUGAGUGAAGUGGAGAAGAGGAAGGAGAUGAGAGUGGAGGUCAAGAAAAGUCCCACCCCGUCUAGUUUUAGUUUUGGUAGAGGGGAGAAGAAGGGGGCGGGCGUCAGGAUUGUGACGGUUGAUGAUUGA